UUUAAACGUGUGGUAAGGAUGAAAUCACUUACCCUUUGGGAUUGCCUUGUCCUUCGCCAAAUGCAAUACACAAAUAAUAAAGAACAAUGUGAGACUUGGUCACUACAUUCUUUCAUCUCCAAUCAUACAUAUCUCUUAUGCCAUAUCUUACUCUUUUCUCUUUCAUUUGAACACUUCAUCAAUCAUAUCAUACCCUCACUCAUACAUCAUACUAGAUAUUCUCUAGUUACAAAGAUUGGCUUUUCCACUUUUUUUGGGUUUGUUUGUUGGGUCCCUUAAUAACUACUAAGAUUGUUUUUUUGUUUGUUUUUGUCUUUGGUUGUUUCAUUGUAUCCUUGUUUUUUGUUCCUAUACUCAAUCUUUGUACCUUUUUUUCCUUUCUAUAAUAUCUUUCUUUCUUGUACUAUACUCCUUAACUAAUUUCAUUUGUGUUUUUUUUUUUUUCUUUCUUUGGCUAUUAUUGGUUAAUUAUCAGCUAAAAAGUUUGAUUUUUGAGAAAUGGGGUGUCCUUGAAUCUGUGUUUUUUUAUCCUUCUCAUUUAUCUCAUGUGUUCCUCUUCUUUAUUGAUAAUGUACAAUCAGAAAUAUUGUUUCUUGGAAGUUGGUUAAUCUCUAAUAUGUGUUCCCCUUAUAAGUUACUUGUGGAUUAAUUGAUUAAUUUUUAAUAGGGUUUGAUUUUCCUCUUCUUAUUGGCUAAUUAAUAACUCGUUUCUCUCAUGAAGAUUUGAGUUUUCAAUAUUCAAAAACACAUACAUAUUUUUUGUAACCCAAAGUGUCUCUGCGCGUAUCUAUAGAGACUAAUCCCUCCAGGUGACUAGAUCCGUUUAAGGGGUUGAUUGAAAAACACAUACUUUAUUGGCAAUUUUAUAAGGUGAGUGGAUAGAGUGUGAAAAAAGGAAUAAGAUGAAAGGGGCAAUUGAUGAGGGGAAGGAGAUAAGUCCAAUGUUUCCUAGGUUGCAUGUUAAGGAUGCAGAGAAAGGAGGGCCAAAAGCACCUCCAAGGAAUAAAAUGGCUCUCUAUGAACAAUUCAGUAUCCCUUCACAAAGUUUUGCAUCAGGAGGACCAGGGCCAGGAUCAUUGUUUUCUCUCCCUCUAAGAAACAUUACAGUUCCUACAACUUCAAGCCAUCUUGGUUGCAGUCAAAGCAUCAAGUUCUGUAGCUCAAAUGCAUCUUCUAUUCUAUCUGAUAAGACUCAAGCCUAUAAUUCUAGAAAGAUUAACUUAACCAAGUUGACGGUGAGUCAUGACUUAGAACACAUGAAACCUGCGAAACAAGUUACCAAAAUUCAGCAAGAUAAUUUUAUCAACAGUAGUAAGAAUUAUCUAAAAAAGCUUGAUGGUGAAGAUGCUUUCAUAAUUCCUGCUUCUGUUCAUGUGAAAAGUUCAUGUUCCAGCAACAUCCAUAAUGACAAAGAUGAAGAAGAUAGACUUUCUCGUUGCAAUUUGAGUUGUUCGCUUAAAAGUCUAAAUUCGUUUAGAAAGGUGAUGAACUCGCGUGAAGAUAUAGAUCUAAAAUCAGCACAAUAUGGAAAGAACCAAAUGGAAGAGCAUAAAGAUGAGAGUCAAAUUGAUCAGAAGGCAGAAGAGGAAAAACCUUCUCACUCAUUACACGGUUUUGAUGAGACGACAAAUGCUUCUUUAAACUCAUCAGUUAAAGAUAGAAAUUCGGAAUCAAAGAAGAAAGAACAUAGAUUUAUGAAGGAAGAAACUAAAAUUAUUUCACUAGAUAGCUUGAAAACAUUGCAAGGUAGCAAUGGUCUAAGACAUGAAGAACAUGAAAGUUUUGUAGACAAAAUCAAUUUAAGGGAUCAUUGCAUGGAGAAUACAGCAAUGAGUGAUGUCCAAAAAUGUUCUGGUGAAUUAGAAAUCGGUAGAAGGUCCUUACAUGGAAAGAGAGAGAGGAAUAAAGAUGAGGAGACUAGUAGAAAUUACGAUGCCUUGAAUAAAUCCAGCUCAGAAUGUAGAUUUGGUAUCGAUAUCAACCCUGACGAUGUCGUAGGACUUAUAGGUGAAAAGCAAUUUUGGAAAACAAGAAGAACUAUCAUCAAUCAACAGAGAAUCUUCUUCAUGCAAGUGUUUGAGUUGCAUAGACUUAUAAAGGUGCAACAAUUAAUUGCAGGAUCGCCACAUCUAUUGUUCGAAGAUAACCUUGUACUUCACAAACCGUCGAUAAAAACUUCCUCUCCCAAGGAGUUACAAUCUGACUUUGUCGGUGAACAAUCUUCGACAGCUUUUAAACUUGACAGCAAGUCCGAGAAGGCCACUGCUUCCGAGGAUGUUGAAAACAAUGCAGUCGGAAAGAUUUCCUUUCCUUGUGCCAACAAUAUAAGCAAAGAACAUAAUCACAUUUCAAAUUAUACCAAUCAUCAUUUCGGAAACCUUGCAUUAGCCUCCGCAGAUAAAAAUUCGAAUUCAAAUUCCAAACAGUCUCCGAGCAUUGUCUACCCUCCACCGCCGCCACCACCACCAAACCAAUGGUUAGUUCCUGUCAUGUCUCCAUCUGAAGGUCUUGUAUAUAAGCCAAUCAUUGGACCAUGCCCUCCAAAUGCGGGCGGCAUCAUGACACCAUUAUACGGCGCAAUGAGCUUUAAUCCAGGAAGCAAAGAUGUUUUAGAUCCAUCUCUUACUACAAGUUUUCAUCAAAAGAUUCGAAUCCUUUCCGGUUCGUCAUUACCACCAUUAUUACCACCACCAUCAUGUGUUCCAUCAUUCAUGCAUAGAUCAAUAUCAGCUUCAUCUCUUGAACAAAUGGGACAAUCAAAUGGUCCUAAAAACCACUACUCAUCUGCAGAACUCAAUUCAGCCAUAUUGUAUCAAAAUCCAUCUAACAUAUCCACUCAAAUAAGCCAAGUAAUGUCAAGAAAUUUUCCAACUUAUCAAACAUUGGAAGAUAAUAAAGAACUACAAAUAAGUACAGGUAGUAGUCCAUCCAAGAGAAUGAAAAGAGAUGAACUUCCUUUGUUUCCGGUAGCACCGACCUUUUGGUCAUCACCGGAUCGCGAGUCGAGUGUUGAACAUCACUCAAGAGUAAUCAAAGCUCUUCCUCAUAAUCCAAAAUCAGCAAGUGAAUCAGCAGCUAAGAUAUUCAAGUCAAUACAAGAAGAAAGGAAAUUUUUUUGACUAGUUAUUUUUAUAAUAUGUUUAAUAAAGAAAGAUAUUAUAAUUUGA